UUCACAGCCGUUUCAAAUCGAUCAGGUGUUUUGUUACCUGUGUUGGAUUUACGAAAUCAACAAUCAUGGUGGCGAUGAUAAAGAGAGUGAAGACCUUCCAGGUUGUCUUUUCCGACCCCUGCAAGACUUUUUACUGCGGGGGGGACAAGGUGUCCGGUCGGGUGGUGGUGGAGGUGAACGAGGUGACUCGGGUAACCGCUGUAAAGGUUCUGGGUCUGGGCUGCGCCAAGGUGGAGUACGCUAAAGGGAAGCAGCGGUGCCGACAGGAGGCCGAGUACCUCCGAUAUGAGGAGGUGCUGCGACUGGACGAGCAGCCAACAGAUUCUGAUGGUUCGGUCAUCUUGAGGCCCGGCAACAAAUACGAGUACACUUUUGGAUUUGAGCUCCCCCAGCAAGGGCAGUUGGUGUCGUCAUACAAGGGGAAGUUUGGCUACGUCCAAUAUUAUGUGAAGGCCGUGAUGGAGAGGCCUCAACAGCACCCCCUUGAGUGCAAGAAAUCCUUUGAGGUGGAGGAGCCUCUGGAUGUGAACACCCCUGAUCUGCUGUCUCCCACAGGCGGCAUGAAGGAGAAGAAAGUCACCUGCAUGUUCAUCCCUGACGGCCAGGUGUCGCUCAACGCCAAAAUCGACCGCCGCGGCUUCUGCGAGGGGGAGGACAUCUGCAUCAACGCAAAGUUUGAGAACACCUGCUCCCGUAUCGUGGUGCCCAAAGCCGCCAUCAUCGCUAAGCACACGUACCAGGCCAAUGGGCGCACCAAGGUGAUCCGUCAGAAGCUCUCCGCUGUGCGCGGGAACCACAUCAUCUCCGGGAUGUGUGACGCCUGGCAGGGGAAGACCAUCAGGGUACCUAAGAUCAAACCAUCCAUGCUGAGCUGCAACAUCAUCCGGGUGGAGUACGCACUCAUGAUCUAUAUCCACAUCCCCGGCAGCGAGAAGCUGAUUCUGGAGCUGCCCCUGGUGAUCGGGACGGCCGGUCUUGGCAGCCGCAGCAAUAGCGUAAGCAGCCACGAGGGUUCAGUCAGCAACUCCUCCCAGAGCUGGGUGUCCCUCAGGAUGCCGUCUGAACCCCCCAGCUACUGCGACAUCACCCGGGACUAUUGCCUGGACCAGCCGCUCACGCCGCUGCUGGACGACGUCGACGGAGAUGACAGCCCCAUCUUCAUGAAUGUCCCCACCUUCACGUUCCCCCCACCUCCUGCUUAUACAGAGACCGAGGAGGAGUUUAACGGAAAUGCCCGCAUGCUGCCGGUCUGCUGAAGUGCAGCAGGGACUUUUUAACUUUGGUCCCGCUCUCAGGGACCGAUCGUCUAACGCACUUAAAAAGGAGCACAAGGUCCAAACUCUCAAGUGUUUGAUGGAGGAGUGAAAAUACAGAUCUGAAGAGAUGGACAGAAACGAUGCUCUCCUGUUACUUCAUCACCUUCACCUGUCUUCCGCCCGAUGCUCAUCAGGUCCUGGACCUGAAGGCAGAGUCUCAGAGCCUGUGCAUUUCUGAAUAAGCUGUCCCUCCCAGAGACCCUCAGCUCGUGGGGGUCUCGCUGUCCAUUCACAGACACUUUAAGACUUUCUUAUCGGGGCCAAGCAGUCAACGAGUCGCCCCGGCCUGCUGUGGUUUGUGCUUUUUUGGGGCUUGUCUUCUCUUCUUCAUUCCAGUCAAGCCCAAGAUUCACCAGAAGAACAAUCCGUUCUGUAAAUCGGCUCGUGUUGCUGUUCAGAAUCCGUCAGGAAUGUUAAUCGAGCAUGUAGAAUAAUCAUCCUUGGAUGCUGAGAAAACCUCACACCGCGUCUUUUUUCACUUAUGUACCAGUGUUUAUGUGGUUUAUUCCUGAAUGUUUUUGCACUUUUUGGUUGAUGCAUUUUGCUCUACUACUGCCUAAAGAGUUUGUUAAGUUUCGUUUGAAUUUUUUUUGUGUUUUGGAGAGUGUGUUUUCUUUUCAACCUCACAGUUUUUUUUUCAUAUAAGGGCUUGGCUUAGCUUAGUGCCAUAAACGUUCCGCACUUACACUCCGGUCUGAUGGGACGCACUUAGUGUGAGUGUAAUCAUGUUUCUGCAGUUGUCCAAGACAACAUUUCAUUCCACUGUGGUGGUUUUCAUAACUUCUGUUCUUUGAGGGCUCUAAAAAGAGAAUCACUGUUGAAUACUGAUUUGUGACAAAGUAUGUUUGCAAUGCAUCCUUGAUACUUAAAACGAGUAUUUUUGUAUGGAACCCUAUGGGUUAUUUUUUAUAAUAAAAAAUGUUCAAAAUA